AUGCUCAUAGUGUUGAAGAACAGAGUGAUGCGGAUGUUUCUCUCGUGCCAAGGAACAAGAGAGUUCUUCAGGAAACAGGUGCUUGAGAGACACAAAGCUAAAAAGGGGGAGAUUGAAGAUGCAGCUGGAUUGACGCAGAUCGUGAAUCAGUCAGGAAGUGCAUCAGGACGUGUGGACGGACUUGUAGCGGAGCUAAGUGGAGCUUAA